AUCUGCACAUAUGGUGGGUGGUCAAAUGAGUGAUUUCAUCGUUUGUCUCUUUAGCCAGGCAAUAAACAACAAAGCAAAUUUGUUUGGAAGGUCUAUUUAAAUUUCUAAUCAUAGUACAUAAAUAUUAUGGAGUUUCCUCCUUGCCCUGCUUCGUUAAAGCAAAUACAGCAUUUCCUGAAGAUUGCUCAGGAACACGAUGUGAGGGACAUCGUUGUGGCGUAUUGGUCCAGGCUAUAUGCCCUGCAAGUUGGCCUUAAAUUGACCACACAACAACCAGAGGAAACCAGGCUAUUGUUGGCUAUAAUGGACUGGCUAGAGAGUAUGAAGAAGGAACAUGCGGAUAAUGAAGCUAUUACCAAUGAAGUAGCGGCUCAGGCUCAUAUGGAAAACUAUGCUUUGAAAUUGUUUUUAUAUGCAGAUAAACAGGAUCGUGAUGGAAAUUUCGGCAAGAACGUGGUCAAAGCUUUUUAUUCCAGCGGAGUGAUAUAUGAUGUUCUUCAAACAUAUGGGGAACUGAGUGAGGAGGCCCUUCAUAAUCGCAAGUACGCCAAAUGGAAGGCGGCUUACAUUCAUAAUUGCCUAAAGAACGGUGAAACACCCAUAUCAGGUCCAAUGGGAGAAGAGGAAGGCGGCGAGGAGGGCAAUGAAAACAAUGAUACCCCAACUCUUUCACCACAAGAACCUUCAAACGAAGCCCCUGGAGGGAACGAUUCAAAUGAAGCUGCCGGAGGUGAUGAUUCAAAUGAGAACCCUGAAAAUACUGAUAAUAAUAUACCGGAUGCGGAGGCGAUACUAAAUAAUCCCGAUAUAUUACCAAGUCCUCCAGUGGAGGAAGAAAAGCCUGGUGGCUUCGAACCAUUUGUUCCACCAACAACUCCGCAUCCUGUAUACACACCUCCUGUUGUUAAAGUACAACUUACCUCUGAUCAAAUGAUGAAAGCUCAAAAGUAUUGCAAAUACGCCGGUAGCGCAUUAGAUUACGAUGAUGUAAAUACAGCGAUAGAAAAUUUGAACAAAGCCUUAAAAUUACUAACCACGGGACAAGACAAUUGAAUUAUAAUAUGGAAAUAUGGAGUGUCUCAUCCCAAUAUGUAUUAUGCCUUGUUAUAUUUAAAUUCUAUUCAGCUAACUAUACACUUAGAUUUGGCAUAACAGCUAAGCUUGUGGAGUCGCACUGACGCAAUAAAUUCACUACACUUUCAAUGGAA